AUGGCAACCAAAUCCCCCGCAUCACAAUGUCACCUCGACCCUGUCAACUUCGAUGACGAGGAACAAUUCACCGAGCUCCAAAGACAGCGCCUCGCCUGUGGCUGGGACCACGACUCGCGCAUCCUCCAGAAAUGGAAACAAAAACAGCAAGAGAAUCUCAAAAGCCUAUUCUGGAUCGCCGUGCCCAGCACCAGCACCGAAAAGAGCAAUACUGCUAUUCGCGCAGGCCAUAUCGCGCUCGACGCAUACUGCGAUCCACUGGACCCGGAUCCCGCUGCGCAGACAAGUCCCUCGUUCUUCAUCCUGCCCGAAUACCGCUCGCAUGGACUUGGGCGACGCGCGAUGCAGUUGGUCGAGGGGCUCGCCGUCCGAGAGCCGUAUGGCAGUCCACGCUGUCGGGUUGUUGCGCUCACGGCGUUGAGUAAACGCUAUCUAUACGAUGAGGGACCCGAGUGGCGCGGUCUGUGGGCCAGGAUUGGUGAGGCGAUGCCGUCGUUCAGUAUCCAGGAAUGGUAUGAGAAUCUGGGGUAUAGUAGUUGGAAGGAGGAGGUGCUGUAUGAGGUGACGACUUUGGAUGGGCAGGUCAUUCGGCUGUGGGAGGCGUUUAUGAGGAAGGAGGUACAAUUGACCUGA